CUCAUAUUUAAGUAUGUAAGCCAUAUGAGUGGCCUGUUGAUAUUGCCACAACAAAGCGUGUCUGGAUGGGGUUCUGCCUAACAGCAAUCAAUCUCAAUAUCUCAAUGGAGCCGCAAUGACCACCAACAACCAUAAUAACAUCUAGCCGAGGGAGCGGUAACAAUUGUGCUGCCCACUAGCAAUGCAAAUUUUCUAUUUAUUUGUCAGCCACCAAAAGCUAUAUUGACUUCAACUCUGAUCUUCCAACUCUAUAGACCACAUUCCCGCCAUCCUGUUGCUUGACUACCACGCUUUGCCCACCCUUGCAUUGCCUUUGACCAAAGGUCCUUUCAAAUCGACUUUGCUUGGACUAGCUUCACGUCCUGCUCCAACUCGCAUUGAUACUCUUCAGGAUGUGUUUCUUGAAGAGCAGACGACGUAUAUAUUACCGCGACAAGGACUGGAAACCACCAAGAGACCUCACAAUCCCUAUUCCGUCGCAGUAUCCUUCCCAGCUAGUAUUUCCUGGGCCGAGCUACGAACCAUUGCCGAGCUCUCAGAUCACACCGCAAGCUUGCACUCCAAUACCAAACUACCAGCAGGUCAUGGCAGCGUCGACGCAGUCCUUGCCCAUGCCGCAAGUUUCCUCGGCAAUGGUACCCUUUUCUGCAAUGGCACAACCUCUUGCAAUGAGUCAGUCUCCUACAAUGGUGCAACCUGCGACAAUGCUGCAGGCCCAAACCAUGAUUCAGCAGCCUUAUGGAAUGGCACAGGCACCUGCGAUGUUUCAGCCCUCUGCGAUGAUGCCGCCUUCUAUCAUGGCCCAGCCUUUCUCGAUGACGCCUAUGGUGCAAACACCUCAGUACUACGGCCCCUACCCAUCGUAUAGCGCCUUUAUGCACCCUCGCUUCUGAUAAAUUGCCACUACGAGGCUAUAAGACAUCUACCAAGCUGUGAGACAACGAAACUUCGUCAUCCACUACACACUACGUUUCGAACCAUUGCAGUGGCGCUUCGUGCCGGAAGCAAUCAAGAGCUCCCGGAAAAACCUAGAUGGUAAUGAGGGCGAAGGUAUAUCACAAAGGCGAUCCAAGACUAUCUAUGAACGAGGCGGAGCAUUGCAUGCUGGGAAACAUGGAUGUUAGGGGCUUGUUGUUUGUCUUAGGCAUGCCGUAGGGUUGUACCUAGACUAGUAGAUGGAUGGAAGGAUAGAUAAGCAUAAAAUGAAUACCGAGUUGGUCGGUGGUCCGUGAUCCAUCUGUUCGAGGAAUUGACCUUAUGCCCGUCUACAUGUCAUUGCCUUGGGUAUUGGUCAGUCAGUUGGUCUUGUAGUGAGUGCAGGUACUUAUAUGUGGUGAGGUUUGUGGAGUAUGAUUAUCUAAUAUGGUGUUCUCGCUGGACAGACUGCUAAGUAUGGAUGUACUUUGUAGGCUGCAUGAUUAAGUAACCCCUGAAAGACCGAAAAGAUGCCAGGCCAUGCGCCAUAUUGUUAGACAAUCAUGAAUUGCACUUGCGCU